AUGGAGGAUACUACUGAUAGCUCGCAUUUUGAUCUGAUACGGAUGUUUUUAGAGCAAACCAAAGUCGACACAUGCCUUGUCAGCUCACGCUCUGAAGAAGAUCUUAUACUAUUCUGCCAAGAUUUUAUGGAACUCAGUGGUGGUGAACCUGACGAUUCGGGUGGUGCAGGAAACUCCAUCUCUCCACGUAAUAUAACCGGAUUCGUUGAUUCACGAAGAAACGUCGAGAACGAUCCAAACGCACAGCAAUUAUUUACAUCAAUAAGAUUGCUAAAUUUUGGAGGCGAUCAAGCCCCCUUUCUCUCAUCUACAGCUGCAUUGCUAGAGCAAUUGCCAAGGACCCGUUCAGCUGAAGAGCUCGAUGAGACACAAAGUCACCUUGGCGCGCUACACAUCAAUAGUAUCGAGAUCCUCUCUCUCGACCAAAUCAUGCAGGUCAAUGCGGACGCACUGGCACCAAAGAAGGCCAUUCUUUGUUUCAGCUGCUCAAUCACACCUCGACUUAUCUGGGAAGAUCUUUACUGCGAAGAUGGUGCUCCGACCUUCCUUAUCGAUAACAACCAUUACGCUCGACACGCGGCGAUACAAUGUUUCUUACUUCCCGAGAACAUGAGUGCCGCUUCAACCAUUCGAGCCAAUUUGCGCGGUUUAUGCCAAAUGCCCAAGACGAUGGCGUUGUUGAGAACGGGUCGUGGGAGAUUGCCAGAAUGGAGAGGCGUUGCAAAGUUCGCAUACCACGUUAAUUUAUUAAAGGAUGCCGUCCGGGAGCUGAGCGAUUAUGAAAACAUAGGAGCCGUCAAUCAAGUACGUGUUAUCCCAAAAAUUAUAGCUCAAGUCCUUAAAAACGAGAAGCUUCUAAAAGCACUAGACGAGGUCAAUACUGAGAUGGGUGCAUUAGUCAACUCGGUCAUUGACUGGGAAGAAUCUCAAACCAACCAGAGGGUUUGCAUUAGCCCAGGAAUCGACGAAGCUCUUGACGAAAAAAAGCGAGUCUACAAUGGCCUAGAUGACCUUUUGCUACAAUCAGCAUUCAUGAUUGACCUGGCUCAGGUCUCAUUGGCGCUACGCAACUGUACAGCUAGGAGUCUCAUCAUAUUGGACGAGUUUGGAAAAGGAUCGCUCUCGACAGGGUCAGUCCUGGCCUUUGCCUGGAUUCCUAUGCAGCACAAUGUGCUAGAACGUACGAACAAAAACGUUAUCGAGCGCGCGCGAUUUGUUAGCACGAUUCUCAGUCAUAAUGAAAUUGGAGUAUUAUUAGACGAGGGGAUGUCGGAGGAACAAGUAGAAGAGCUGGAAGCUCAUGCCGCCAUAUGCCAGAGGUUCAUUUCAUGGAAGAUGUCGCCAGGCGACAACAUGGGUACUAAAGGUCGAUUACGGGAGGUGCUGAAGAAAUAA